CUUAGACUGAAUCUUACCUUUUGUUUACAAGCUACACGUGAUUCUCUCCCUAACUAUCUCGUCUGUGCGGCUGUCGGGAAAUUUUUAAUUAUACAUCUAUAUUUAUCCUGUUUUAUUUUUUAUAUAUAUUAGAUUCGAUCGUAUGUUGAGUGUUGUAAGUUUGUGAAAGCAAUCCUUGGAUUAACAUCUCUCCUUAAACAUGUGCGGCAGGAGUACGUGAAGUGGAGUCAUGGCUCCGUUGAAAGAGGCCAUAUUUUCCAAAGGACUCCUGAAUCGGCCAGGACAGAACAAUUGUUUUCUCAACAGCGCUGUUCAGGUCCUCUGGCACCUGGACAUAUUCAGGCGGAGUUUCAGAGAACUGUCAGGACAUACUUGCAUGUUGGAUUCUUGCAUAUUUUGUGCUCUUAAGGAGCUGUUUUCACAGUUGCAGUUCAGCCAUGAAAGUGCACUGCCUCCUGACGCUCUGCGGCGUGCCCUCGCGGAAUCAUUUUUUGAUCAGCAAAGAUUUCAACUUGGCUUCAUGGAUGAUGCAGCUGAAUGUUUUGAAAAUAUUCUGUUGCGAAUACAUUUUCACCUGGCCUGUGGGGAGGCGGAAGACUUAUGCAGUGCAGGCCACUGCAUUCCUCAUGUCAAGUUUGCGAUGACGCUUGUUGAACAGAGUGUUUGUGGUGCAUGCGGAGCAACAUCAGAGCCCUUGCCAUUUACUCAGAUGGUGCAUUAUGUCUCGGCUUCUGCAUUAAUAUCACAGGCCAAACAGAUUCCCAAUCAAGCACAUUCAGACCUAUUUGGACAGCUUUUGAAAAAUGCUGGAGGAAUGGGUGACAUCAGAGAUUGUCCAAGUGCUUGUGGAGCCAAGAUCCAGAUUCGAAGAACUUUGACAAACCAUCCUGAAAUAGUUUCUGUCGGCAUCGUAUGGGACAGUGAACGUCCUUCUUUGGAACAUGUUAUGUCUUUGUUGGGAACUUUACGUACAACAUUACGCCUGACAGAGGUUUUUCAUACACCCACUCCCAGCCCAAAUAUGAAUACUCCUCACCAGCUAGUCGGAGUAGUCACUUACUACGGGAAACAUUAUUCAACUUUCUUUUUUCAUACAAAACUCAGAGUUUGGAUCUAUUUUGAUGAUGCAAAUGUUAGAGAAGUUGGCCCGAAAUGGGAACAGGUUGUCGACAAAUGCCGAAGGGGUAGAUAUCAGCCACUUCUUCUGCUAUUUGCUGCACCAGACGGAACACCAAUAGAUCCAUCAACAGCUCCGAAAACUACUACUGUUGCACCAACUGCCAAGCCACCUCUCGGAAGGAGAUCACUUACCCCAAGCCCUGAGAAACCGAGCUUAGCUACAUUAGCUCAAAGGCGUGCCUUGACACCCAAUCCAGAACAAUCUAAUGAUUCAAAUAAUCAGCGACCCCUGCAAGUGCUGAGUGAAUACCAAAACUUUCCUGCAAUGCAACAAAAGGCAGGAAUGUGGAGUAGAAAAGAGCUAGUUCGAAGGGAUUCUGGAAAUUGGAGUGGUGAUAGAAACAGUGCUUCUUCAUCAUCCUCAACAUCCUUGGAAAAUCCUUACCAGUAUAUUAUUGGAAAAAUGCAAAACAGGACAAAUAUUGUUCCUAGAAGUCCUACAAGCCUCAAAGGUGGCGAGUCUAGUUCUGGUGGAAGCCAAUGUGACCCAGGAUAUGAUUCUUACUCACUCUCUUCUACAGAUAGUCUUCCUCUACAGCAAACACUUAAACAUAACCUACAGCUGGCACAGAUACCUGAAGGGCAUCAGUCACCAGUUUCAUUAGGAAAUCUUCAAUAUUCUCAAACAUCAGGCCAAUCUGAGUGUGAACGCUUAUGUGAUGAAGCUGAUAUGCUUUUGAAGCACUCACAGGCAACAGAGGACUUAGAAAGAGCUUUAACAUUUGCAAAUGCUGCAGUUGGAAAGGCUAGACAAGCCAUGGAUGCACCUUACAGCAAUCCCCAAGCAGCCUCUGCUGCAAGAAUGAAGCACAACACCUGUAUAAUGCAAGCAAGGAGCAUCCACAAGCGUCUUGAGGAGCCUAAUGGACCGAGACAUGGAGAGGGCAGACACAGUCGAGAAGGAAGUGGAUGCAGUGGCAGAGGAGCAACAUCUUCGCAUUCUCGUCAGAAUUCUAAGGAUAAAGGAAAUCAUUCUCGACAAAAUAGCCGAGAACUUUUACCUGAUAGCAAACCAAGCCCUGAAAUUCCUGAGCCGAAUUCAGAAAAAAAUAUAGAAAUAUAUGCUACUUUACCAAAAAGUCGGAAAGGGCUAUUAUCUCGUGCAACUUCUAAAGUUAAAAACAAUGCUGUGGAAGACGAAGAAUAUCUUAUGUAUGACCGUCCAGGUCGAAGCUUAAGCAGGAACAAACCUCCAAAUGGUAAAAAAGAUGAGAAAAGGGCUAGGAGUGAAGAAAGAAACAGUAAGAAAGAAAGUCAAAAGGAAAAAGAAUUUAUUUCAAACCAAAUUUCUAAAGAGGCUAAGAAACAAAUCAAAGCAGAAGAACAAAAGCAAGGUAAGAAACAGCAUAAGAUAAGAAGGAAAUUAUUAAUGGGAGGUUUGAUUAGAAGAAAAAACAGAUCAAUGCCUGAUCUUAGGGAAGACGAAGUAGCUAUAAAGGGAGGGUCAAAGGAUGACACAAAUGUUGGUAAAGUUGAUAAGCAACCCAGCUUAUCCGGUUAUUUGUCAGAAGGUCAUUUAGAGUAUUCAGGAAAUCCAAAUCUUGAAAGGAGUAAGCUUAUGAGGAAAAGUUUACAUGGCAGUAAACUGAUUCAGAUGGCAAAGGUUCCACCUCCUCCCCCUUUACGAACCACAUCUCAGCUUAGUAAAUCUGAGAGACCACAAUUUCAACUUCCUGAUAUUCAUUUAGUUCACAAAGAAAACACACUUAGCCUCUGGAAGGAACCUGAGCCUCAAAGUUUGCCUGCAUUAGGUUUCACUGAGAACAAGGAAUCUGUUACUUAUGCUAAUGGUAGUUACUUGAACAAUUGUCAAACAAAACUGGUGACAACUGCUCAGGUUCACCAAGUUGCUUCUCCUGAUAAGGAAUAUAAAUGUGUGGUUGACGAUGAUGGUGACCUAUUUGAUUUGCCACCAUAUCCUUCACCAUUGAACUCAGUCACUCAUUCCCGUCAAGCAAGUGAAGAUUUUCCCCCUCCUCCUAAUGAAAUAGAAGCUAUUACUCCAAGUAGUCUUUUAGAGCAACUACAGAAGAAGAGGCUUCAGAUACUGAAUGAUAAUGAUUUUAUAGAUAGUGUGGAUUCGUUUGAUUCUAUGAAACCUACUAAAUGUGAAACCUGGUUAAGAGAGUUGCAAGCGAAACAGGCUGCAAUAAAAAAUCGUGACGGAAUUGAUGUUGAACCUCAAACUGUUCAGAAACAGAUGGAUAAGCAACCAUUCCAUCCUCAAGAUUUCAGAGGGCAGUCAGAUAUAAUGUCCAAUGAAGUUGGCAAGCAUAGAAUUGAUGAUCAGUCUUCAUCAGUAAAAGAUUUGAAAUCUAAGUUUGAAACCAUUACUCAUAAGACUCUUGAAAAACAAAUAAAACCCAAUGAGAUUACAGUUGAACAAAAACAAAGAAUGAAUCUUACUGCAUCCUCCUUACCAUUACAUUCUUCUGUUGUUGUAAACCCAAUAGAAAUAAAGCAUGAGCAUGAUGCUCCUGGAAAAAAUAAUGAUGUUGAAAUCAAGAGCAGUUUGGCAAGCAGUAGUAGAUGUGAUGAUAUGAAAAGGAAGCCAAGUAAGAAGAAAAAUGUUACUUUUUGUGAGCAGGUAGUUUUAGUAGCUACUGCGGAAGAAGAUAAAGUUAAUAGUUACAUACCGAAUCCGAUUCUCGAGAGAGUUUUAAGGUCAGUAUUACAUAGAGAUUCUCCUCAUCAGGAAACAAAAGAAAUUGCAGUCCAUUCUGUUGUACCAUUAAAGAGAAACGAUUCAGGAAGCUAUGGACAAUGUUCUGUGCGUAAUCAGCAGGAGCAAAAAGAUAAUGAGCCAGAAGAUCUUAAUGCAAUAGUCAGUGCAGAACAAACUGAAAAGUGUUCAAAUGGACUUCCAAAUGAAAAACUUGUUGAAAAUCCUAAUAAUAAUCCUAAUCGGCAAUUUAAUUUUCAGAGGGUAUUACCAUCUCCUGUUCCAAAUCGUCAAGCUGGUAGAAUGCAAGUAUCGCCUCAGAUGUCUAAUCAAAGCCCUUACUUGUCAAUUUCUAAUCAUGUAAUGUCUUCAGCUCCUUAUCAAAAUUCCAAUGAGCAGGUUUCAAAUUCUAAUUCACCAUAUCUUUCGAUGAAUUCCUUACAGUAUCAUCCUGACGACCAGUAUCAAAUGUCAUCUAGGGUUAAUGGGUUGCCAAUGAUGAGGGAUAGCAGGCAGUUAUCAGAAUCUGAUGUCAAUAAACUUAGCAACUCCAUGCAGUCCAUGGCAUUUUCAAGGCCUGAAUACAACACUAUUCCUUCUAGAGAGACAGAACAAAAAUCAUCGCCAGUGACAGAAAAUCCUGAUUUCCCUAAUCAAGGCAAUAGUAUGUCAGAGCAAAAUUUGCUCUAUAGCAACAACACUCCCCAUUCUAACCAACAUUCUGCAAUAAACAGUAUGACUCAGAAUUCAGGACCAAUGUCACUUCCUACAUCCCAGAAUUAUGGGCUUCAAGGUCAAUAUUCUCCCCUAAGCAGCCCAAACUACAGUCAGUCAAGUAUGGUUCCUCCCAUGAAUUUAAUUCAACCAAGGGCACAAGCAUUAUCUCACCAAAAUCAGGCAGUAUCACAAGUUUAUCAGCAGUUACCACAAAGUUCUCUGAAUCCUCAGCAGUUGCUUCACCAUCAGCAGUACUUGAAUUCUACUGGUCAAUUGAUGAGCAAUCCUCAUUCGGCAUUAAGGCAAAUGAACUCAUCACAGCCUUUACAAAACUAUCAACAGCCACCUGUUAUGCAGCAAAGAAAUCUACCUUCUCCCAGUUUUCACAAUCAGAUGUUACAAAGCGCAUCAGUUAGUAAUGGCAUUCAUCAAAUCAAUCAUAACACUAAUUUGCAAAGUAAUCAUAUUCCUGGUGCUACAAUGCAAACGUAUCAGAGGACGGGAAAUCAUCAGCUUGCAAAUAAUUCUUAUCAGUUAAAGAAUGUACCUGUGAAUGGUCAAUCUGAGCAGCCAGCUUAUCUUUCCAGCAUCCCUCAACAUAGUUCUGGUAUACAAGGACAGCCAUUCAGUAAUCAGCUGCCAACUUACCCAUCACAUGUGCAGCUAGCAAAUUCCCAAUUGCAGUUGACCAAUCAGCAGCUUAGCAACAACUCUUUGAAUGGUCCAGGAGGUGGAAAUCAAGUUACAAAGACAGUUACCUUAAAUCAUAUUAAUCAGCAAGGUCAACCCAUGUCUCAGCAAACAAAUAUUCCUUCACCUAGUUUGUCUAUCAAAUCACAGUUGAUGAUGAAUCAUUCUCAGCUUUCUUUGAUGCAAAAUGCUAAUCAACAACAAUUGCCCUCAGGUGUGCAGAGUAAUCAAAACUGCUAUUUGACAUUACCUCAAAAAAUGAGGCAGCCUGUAAGCAACAGCAACGGUUUGCCAGCAAUGAAUAAGAGUAGGCCUCAAGGUAUGUACCAACCUGAAUCGCCGAUCCAAGACUUCAAUCCUCAGCAUAUGAUGAAAAAUGAAGUGCCCAAUAUCCGACCGGACAUUUAUCAGAGGGUACCCAACCUGUUGAAUCCUGAUGCUUAUUCUAGCCAAGCAAUAUAUAAUAAUGGACCAUUGAGUCCUACUUACCAGAGUCCUCCGGUCAACCCAAACAUUCAACUUCAGAAUGGGAAUACUGGUAAUCAAUCUAUAGCUAAUAAUCAGAAUCCCAAUAAUCAAUCCCUUCAAAGUAAGUACUCACCAUAUCAACAUCCACCUUUACCUCGACAAAUAGAACCGCAGAAAGUUGUACAAAAUAUGAAUGGUAGUAACGGAAGGAAUUCUAUGUGUAAUUUGUGCCGAAAGAAACCUAUCAUCUCUCCAUCAAUUUAUUGUACGGACUGUGAUUUUUAUAUGUCAAGGUUCAAACCUAGGACUUAGUGCUCUCUUUUUUUUAAUUUUAAGGCUGUCUUAUUUUCAGUACUGUGUACUGUUUUGUAAAAAUGUAAAUUUAUUUUUUAAACUAUUUUUAUUUUAUAGGUUUAUAUGUACAUUAUAUACGAGAUUACGCACUUUUGUGGUUGCUGAUUUAUGUAAAAAUAAAAAAUAAUUCAAAUGAUCUCAAAUUGUAUUUUGAAAAAUUUUUUUUAAAUUUGUAAAAACAUAUACAUAUGGAUACAUAAUUUAUAUUUUUAUAAAUUAUAGAAAAUUUUAUACUCAAUUUAAAUUGAAAGAUUUUUUCAAUUUAGAUGUAAUUUAUUAACCCUGUUUAAAGGGUUGUAAUAAACAUAUAAUUAAUAAUGAUUUAUUCAUUUAUAUAUUCCCCUUAAAACUAUUCCCAGAAAAUUAUGGUAAUGGAUCAUUCCAAAUUAAAAUUAUGUUUUAUAGAUCAAUUUUUUUUUUAAUUUAGUUUUCCAAUAUUCUCUUUUCAAGUUUACAUAUCCUCUUCUAUUAAUGAUUCCUAUGAAUCUAAGUAAAUAUAACAUAAAGCUAUCUAGCCAUAUCAAGUACAUUAGACAUAUUUCUCUACAAUAAAAAGAAAUACAUCUGAUCACAACUUUCAAAUCUGACUACUUCUCUUCCUUAUUAAUGUUAUCUUCUUUCAUGGCAUUUCUUUGGUGAAACUUGAUUUUUCAUUGAUAAAUAAGUUAACUUGAAUAAGACUAUAAAAAUGAAAGUUAUAAAAUUCUGAUGAAAUAAGUAAUAGGCUAUCAUGUAAGACAAUGACAAGGUCUUUUUUAGUAACAAAUUCAUUAAUGUAUGCUUGUCUCUAAUUGUCUAUAUAAGUUUUCCUUCCAGAGCCAACAAUAGACAACUAUUCUCUUGUUUAAAGUAAUUGAAAGAUAGAGCAAAAAAUAACAUUCAAACAUUUUUGUAUAUCAGCCAUUUCUGUGAAAUUAAUUAAUUUACUCAAAAUAUUUUUAAUUUGAAGUUUAAUUAUGUUCCUUUGUAUAACUCACUAUUGGAAAAACAGCAGAUGACCUUUUAAAUUUUUAUGUGUCCAAGAUAUUUAAAAUGUCUUCUGAUUUGAAUGUUACUUCAUGUUAUUUUGUUUAUUCUGUUUAUCUAUUGAAUUUUGAGUUGUUUGAGGCUUUUCAAGUUAAGGUGUGCUCUGUGGCAUACCUUCCUCUCCAGUUCGGACCAAAGCCGAUAAUCUAGUGCGUUAAGAUCAGGGUUUCCUGAGGGCCAAUCCGAGAUAGAGAUGAACUCUGGAAUAUUCUCUUGCUGAGUUGACCUGGCCUUGUGAGCUGGAGCGGAAUCCUGCUGGAAAACCUAAUGGCUUCCAGCAAAUAGAGUAUCAUUUAGAGGCUUGACAACAGGUUCCAAAAUAUCAUCCUGGCAAUUUUUAGUGGCUGUUUUUAUUCCUUUUUCACAAAAGUGGAGGUUUGCAGUGCCAUCAAAGCAAACUCUCCACCAAACCAUCGCUGAGGAUGUGUGAUGACUUCUUUCCACUCUUCCAAUGACUUGCUGGACUUUUUUAGAGCUGUGUAUGUACACACGUUCAUUUUGGCAAUUACAUUUUUCUUCAAUUAUAAAAAUUUUCUCAUCGCUCAACAAAAUCUUUCGAUGAAGACCAUUGGUGUAACGGCCAAGAAGCACUUUGCACCGAUCCACUCAGAUUUUUUUAGGGAAGGCCUUUGUACUGUCAUUCUUUGAAAAGCAUCCAUCCUAAGGUCACUUUUUAUUAUGCAAGACAUUGAUCUGGCAGAGAUUUCCAUUUCCCGAGACAUGAUUUGUUGUUUUCAAAUGGGGUUUCUUCUGAUUCGAGCAGCCACUGCAUUUGCUGUUCGCACAGUUUGGGGACGGCCUGGAUGAGGUCUGUCACAUACAGAUAGGGUCUCAUUAUAUAUAUUUAUUAGUGCGGUACACAAACAUACGGUUCAUACCAAAGGUCUCCUCAAAGUGUUGAAAAUCUCUGACCUAUAUUUUCCAACUUUGUGUAAGGCGAUCACAACUAUUCGGUUUUCUUUAUCAUCCCACUCCAUGUUAACUGAGUGAAAGAAAAAUACAAACUAAUUGGAAUUAGAUGUUUAUAAUAAAAACACACACAUAUAUGAGCCUUUCAGUUGACAGAAUGACUAACUCCAAUUUUAACAUUUUUUAUUAUUAACGGGUAAUAUUUUUAGUGGGAAAAUUUAAACCUUUAUUCACAGUUCUAUAUUUCAACACUGCAUUCACCUACUCUGAAAUCAAUUUACUUACUGUCUGUACAUGUAUAAAUUUUCCAACUAGAAAUAUAACUAAAAUAUUUUUUAGAGUUUUUUUUACUAACACAAAAAUGUUGAAAUUGGAAUUAGUCAUUCUAUCAAC